AUGUCGGCGUCCAGGGCCGGCAGCAUUUCCGUGGCCCCUAGGGGCCCGCGAGCUCCUGUUGGACGCCUUGCCAGUCUGAAGCCGCCUAAUCCAAUGCCGAUUAAGCGUCCACAACCGAUUGGGCGUCCUCAGCCUACACGCCCUACAACGCACCCCAAGACCCAGAGCUGCCCCAACCCCGGGUGUCCUGCCCCGCACAUCGUGGAGGAUGAAGGCCAGAAGGUCUGCUCCGGGUGUGGUACUGUCAUCAGCGAAUCCAACAUUGUAUCCGAGGUGACCUUCGGCGAAACCUCUUCCGGUGCUGCGGUCGUCCAAGGAUCUUUCGUCGGAGAAGACCAGACCCAUGUCCGGAGCUUUGGACCGGGAUUCCAGCGAGGUGGUGGUAUGGAAAGCCGGGAGGUCACUGAACAGAACGGCAACCGCUUCAUCAAUCAGAUCGCACGAUCCUUACACAUCCCCGAGAGUGCCACGAAAGCUGCUGGUCAGGUUUUCAAGCUCGCGGUCGGUCUAAACUUCAUUCAAGGUCGUCGCACCAAGAACGUGGCGGCCGUUGCUCUGUACAUCGCUUGUCGACGCCAGGAUGGCAACACCACGAUGCUUAUCGACUUUGCGGAUGUUUUGAUGAUCAACGUCUUCAAGCUUGGGCGCACCUACAAAUCCCUCCUCGACGAACUUCGUCUGGGCGGCAACGUGUUCCUCAUGAACCCUAUCGACCCGGAGAGUCUCAUCUAUCGAUUCGCCAAACAACUAGAGUUUGGGCCAGCUACCAUGCAAGUGGCCGGUGAGGCGGUUCGUAUCAUCCAGCGAAUGAACCGUGACUGGAUGUCAACGGGUCGACGUCCCGCCGGUCUGUGUGGUGCGGCCUUGAUUUUGGCAGCUCGGAUGAACAAUUUCCGCCGGACUAUCCGCGAAGUCGUCUAUGUUGUCAAGGUGACUGAGGUCACCAUCAGUCAGCGUUUGUACGAAUUCAGUUCGACAGAGAGUGGCGAACUUACCGUGGAUCAAUUCCGUUCCGUGCAAUUGGAAAAUUCGCACGAUCCACCUUCCUUCACUCGGGCGCGGGAUGGUAAAAGGUCAGGUCGAUCUACUAAGAUACAUCCAGAGACUGCAGCCGAAAUUGAGGAUGACUCAACUAUGGAGAGUGAUGCAGAGUCGAUCCCGCCACAACGAUUUGAUGCCGACGGCUUUGCCAUCCCAAGUCUCCCUAUUGACCCCGCUUUGAUGGACAAUCCUCAACGACGAGGGUCUAUCACCAAAGCUGUGAAUGAAGUCAUUGAAGAAACUGAGAAGGACAUGAAGAUCAAGAGUGCCCGACGCCCGUCGUACCCCGCUCCUUCUCCGGAUCAGAUUGCAUCUGAAGCUGCUCUUGAAGAGGAAAUCCAAACCAUGCUGGCCAAAGGUUCGGACCUGGUUGAAAGCAUCAUUGAGCCCAAACCGGGCAGUCUCGUUUCCGACAACGUUAAUAUUGACGAGGCGGAGUUUGAGGAUGAUCCUGAGGUUGCCAACUGCCUCCUCACGAGUCUCGAAAUCGACCUCAAGGAGCGUAUCUGGGUCCACGAGAACAAGGAAUACCUCCGCACACAGCAAGCAAAGGCCCUGAAGCGUGCACUCGCGGAAGCUACUGCCGGCCCCUCUUCAUCCAAGCCUCGAAAGCGCCGCAAGGGCCGUCUGGGCGAUGUUGCCUAUCUAGAGGGCGAGGGUGACGGGGAAGAUGGCCGCAGCUCCCGUGCCUCGACACCUGCGGAGGCUACACGGCGAAUGCUGGAGAAACGUGGAUACAGCAAGAAAAUCAACUACUCUCUUCUUGACACCUUGUAUGGGCAGGAAGGUGCGGGUGAUGCGAAUGCGAAGGCCGAAAUCUUGAGCCGAAGUCAGAGUCGCAGUCGCAGCCGGAGCGUUCUUUCACGCCGCAGUACCAGCGUCCAACCCGAGGGACGAUCCCGCCGUACCGGCCGGGCUCCCUCGCGGCCCCCCUCGCUUGUUCCCAGCGUUCCCAGCAAGCCCACUAUCUUCACUUCUCACCCACCCACUCCGCCUCCCACCGCUCCUCAGCCCGUCGUCCCGCCGCCCGCAGGUCAGCCCCAGCCUGCCCCUGAAGCUAAGAAGGAGCCUGCAGCCGCAGAUCCAGAUGAAGUGGAGGAAGAGGAGGACGAUGUGGAGGAUGACCACGUCGAGGAUGCAUUCGCAGGAGAUUACCAUAAUGACUAUGAGGACGAUUAUUAUGAUGCAGGCAGCGACUACGAUUACGAUUAA